AUGUUGUCUUCCACGGAUCUUGAUGUGAUAGACAGAAUAUGGAAGGGCACUAUCAAAAUAUCAGUUAGACUAUCACCAUUAGACUUGAACAUUCACCACCACAAAUCUCCAGUUUAUUACUUGACAGCCAAAAGAAAUUCGUUUCUACCACUAUACUAUGACGAUUUUCUGAAAUUUUUUAAACCAUACUUAAAUUUUGCGACCGAACAGACCUUUGAACGAUUAAAAUUAAAUUUAUGGUUGGAAUUUGAAGAUAUUCCUAUCAAAUGGAAUUAUCCAAUUGGCUUGUUAUAUGAUUAUUUGGGUUUAGAUCUGAAUGCUCAUGUUUGGAAUCUAAAGAUUCAUUUCAAUAAUUAUCCAACUGAUUUUCUUAUACCGCAGAUUAAAUUGGAUUUUAUGGAAAAAUUUUGGGUAAAUCAGAUCAAAGAAGCUUGCUAUAUACAACAUUCAAGUGCAAAACCUAUCAUGUCAUUGUCAACAGUCGAUUCAUCAAGUUUAUGGGAAAGUGUUAAAGCCCAUGAUUUUUCUCAAUUUAAUUCAAUAUUCUAUAAAAAAAUAUUACCACCCGUUUCAACUGAUUUAAAACAUGUCCCUGUAAAGGUUUAUUUACCAUAUUCAUCAUCAAACUUUAUAUUGCAAGAAUUGGUUGAGCCCAAAGACCCUGAAACAAAUUUAAAAAUAACAAUAAAAGAUGUUUUAAAUAAAUGGCUUCCAGAUUUAUUUUCCAAAAAUGACCCGAACUAUAAAUAUGCUUUUCCUUUAAUCCAAGGCAUAAUUGUUCCAGGAAAUGUGCCAAUUUGUGAAUUAUAUUAUCUUAUGACAUAUUUAGAUGGUUUUUUACAUAUAUGCAUUUUAAUGAAUUCAUAA